AAGGUGCCACAAGUACUCCUUUUCUUUUUCCGAAUACAGACUAACACGGCUGCUACUCUGAAACCUGCUUAGAGUUAGGCAUCUUAGGCACCUAAGCUGUUUCUUAUAUGAAUGAGUUAGGUACCUGCCUCACUCCUCACAAAACAGCUGGAGAAGGUGGUGAUGCCCACGUUUUGACUUUUGGCCUUGACUUAGAGCACUCACCUGGUAUGUAGGAGACAGAGGGGUGGAGAGGAUUUGAACAGGGGUCUCCCACCUCUGAGGAGAGAGCUUUAACCUCUGUGCUUUUGGAUAAUCCAAUGUGGGGUUCUUGCUGUCACUACUGUUGAAGCUCUUCCAAUAUGGAUAAAAAAUGGAAGAGUGAUAGGAGCAGGAGGACUGGGCCCAGGGUCUUUUCACCGCCCAGGUGCAUGUCCAGAUUACUGGACUACAGAGAGAGGGGUAAAUUGGACCUGGAUCUCCCACAUCCCUGGUGAGUGCUCUAACCAUUGGGCUAAAAAUUACAAGACGUACACCAUCACCUCCCACUUCUCCUUGCCAAGGAGUUCUCCAGUGGACUCUUUUAAAACAGUGGGCCAGAUAAGACUGAACUUUCAGUUCAGUGGGUUUCCUAGAAAAUAUUUAGGAGGGGAAUGCAAAUUACCUAGCUCUGGAUCCAUCCAUUUGAAGUUGCAACCUGAGAGGAAACCCAUUGUUUGCUGAUCACCUGUAACAUGAGGAUGAGGUCAGAGGCCUAUACUGGAUAGAAGAGUGACUCUAAGAUUCAUGGGUGUGUUUGUUCUGAGCUAACAGCUGUUGUGAACUUGUGACCACAGAAAAACCUCUUGUUGGGGUUUGAACAACUGUUCAUCAGUCAGAGCCUUUGCUGGAGUUGAGGCGAUCUCUGAAUGACUGACUGAAGAUUAAAAGGAUAAUGGGCUGCGUGUAUCCUGAUGGCAUCUUGUGUACAGUGACAUGUUAUUUGCUAUGGCAUCUGAGACUGAAAAGGCUCAUGCUCUUCUCCAAACUUUCAGCACAGCUUCAGUUAUUUCCAGUUUAGGAUUGGGAAUGUUCUGCUUCAUAGCAGACCGACUUCUGCAGUUCCCUUUCAUUCAGCAACAUGACUGGCUCCGAGCUCUCUCUGAUAAUGGAGUGCAUGGUGUGGUGGGAGUAUGGUCCUGGGUGAUAGUGAUUGGGCUCAGGAAGAAGAGUGACUUUAGUGAAGUCAUUUUAGCUGGUUUCCUCUCUUCUGUCAUUGAUGUGGACCAUUUUUUUCUUGCUCACUCCCUUUCAUUACAGGCUGCUCUGACUCUUCCACAAAGACCACUUCUUCAUUGUUCUACUGUGAUUCCUGUUGUGGCUGUGACAUUAAAAUUUAUUAUGCACCUUUUCAGGCUUAAGGACUCAUGGUGCUUUCUUCCCUGGAUGUUGUGUAUAUCCUGGACUUCUCACCAUGUCCGUGAUGGAAUUCGUCAUGGCCUUUGGAUCUGUCCGUUUGGAAAAACUGCUCCCUUGCCAUACUGGCUUUAUGUGGCAAUCACAGCAUCUUUACCUCAUCUGUGUUCAUUUGUUAUGUAUUUAACAGGUACUGGAGAACUAAUGUCUAUAAAACAUGGAAUUCGCAUUGAUGUCUAAGGAUAGUAGUCCUUGGAAGUCACCUGUUUUAAAGAUUACAGAGAAGCUGAUCCCUGUGCAUUCCUCAUGAUUUCUAAAUUAGGCAAUCUGAAGCCAUGGAGCCAUUUAUAAUUCCAGAAUUGAUUAUUUGUGGCUACAGAAAUCUGUUGUCUGAAAGGUGUUGAUGUAAUUUCCAGACAUCCUCUUCAUGACAUCUGUAGUGUUCAAUGUCAGUUCUGUAAUAGCUAAUUAAUAUAUAAAAUUCAGUCAUUCCUAAAUAUUUAAAUUUCCUCCUCCUGCCAUUAUCUCUGCUAUAGUAGUGCCAUUCCUCUGGUCACCCUCCACUUUGGGAAAUAUGCUCUCUCUUUGAGCACCAACUUUCUUUCUAUAAUUAACAUUUGCACAGCACUUUGAAGAUGUAAAGCACUACAGAAGUGCUAAGUAUUAGUAAGAAUUCAGUGCUGUAUAUCACUUCUGAGAAAUAUCUAACAGCUGUUUUUUGUAACUUGUUAGUUUACCUCAGUUGAGUCUAACUUCUUGUACUCAACUGGCUGGAAAAAUAGUGCUCUUUUUGUUUUUUCAGGAUGUGCUACUGAUUGUCUGGGAACACUUAAGUUUGAACAGUGACUGCUAUUUAGUAAAAAGAAAAGGAGUACUUGUGGCACCUUAGAGACUAACAAAUUUAUUUGAGCAUAAGCUUUUGUGAGCUACAGCUCACUUCAUCGGAUGCAUUCAGUGGAAAAUAUAGUGGGGAGAUUUAUAUACACAGAGAACAUGAAACAAUGGGUGUUACCAUACACACUGUAACGAGAGUGAUCAGGUAAGGUGAGCUAUUACCAGCAGGACGCUCACCUUACCUGAUCACUCUCGUUACAGUGUGUAUGGUAACACCCAUUGUUUCAUGUUCUCUGUGUAUAUAAAUCUCCCCACUAUAUUUUCCACUGAAUGCAUCCGAUGAAGUGAGCUGUAGCUCACGAAAGCUUAUGCUCAAAUAAAUUUGUUAGUCUCUAAGGUGCCCCAAGUACUCCUUUUCUUUUUGCGGAUACAGACUAACACGGCUGCUACUCUGAAACCUGCUAUUUAGUAAAAUGUAUUCCAAGCACUGCUCUUGCAUAGUUGCCUGAUAUUCAAUUUCCAAACAACUCUUAUCUGGGAUUUUUGGUUAGAAAA